AUUUAAUAAAAUGGACUUGAGUAGAGAACCCUUAUCAAUCAAGCUGGUAGUCAUUGGGGAUGGUAGUGUUGGCAAAACCUGCAUUUUGCUAAGGUAAUCUUUAUCAAAAUUGAAGUUACACUACAGAUAAAUUUCCAACUGAGUAUGUUCCCACUGUUUUUGAGAAUUACAUCACAUCUGUUUCUCUUGAUGGAAAACAAAUUAAUUUGAGUCUUUGGGAUACUGCUGGCUAGGAAACUUAUGAUAAACUUAGAACUUUAUCCUAUUCAUAGGCUGAUGUCUUCUUAAUAGUGUUCUCUGUAGUGGAUAAAUCAUCAUUUGAUAAUGCAAAAAAUAAGUGGUAUCCAGAAUUAAGUCAAGGAGAUUUAAAAAACAUACCAAAACUUGUAGUGGGCAAUAAGAUAGAUUGCAGAAAUGAAAUAUCCUAAAAACAUGUAAAAUUUGAAGAAGUAAAAUCUCUAUAGAUUUCUAAUAGGCUUUUGAGGAAUUUAAAUCUUAAAAUUUAGUUUACAAAGAGUGCUCAGCUUUGACCUAAGAAGGGUUAAAGGAGCUAUUUGAGGAGGCAAUAAAAUAGGGAUAUGAAUAUAAAUACAAGAAUCCAUAAAUUUUGAAAAAUUAGAACCAAAAGGAUAGAGUUGAAGAGAAAGAAGAAAACUGUUGCUGCAAGGCUUUUUGAAAU